UCUUCCCAUUCCAACAACAUUCUCACCAUUAUUAGGCUUAAUAUCAAACGUAGUAGUACGACAAAACCUUGAAAUCUUCAUACACAUACAACAAUGGCGGAAAGCUAUGGCGUCCUUGUCUACACUAUUAUACUUUCCCUCUCUCUAUUAUUUCUCUACGUACUCACAAGAACCAAAGCUCACCCUAGGAAGAAGAAGCCCAAGCUCCCUCCAGGCUCAAUGGGCUGGCCUUACAUCGGAGAAACUCUGCAACUUUACUCCCAAGACCCCAGCAUCUUCUUCACUGACAGAGAAACAAGGUAUGGGGAAAUCUUCAAGACGCGUAUACUGGGGUAUCCCUGCGUUAUGCUGGCGAGCCCGGAGGCGGCGCGGUUCGUGUUAGUGACGGCGGCCAACUUGUUCAAGCCGACAUAUCCUAAGAGCAAGGAGAGCUUGAUAGGCCCUUCUGCGCUGUUCUUCCACCAGGGGAGCUACCACAUGCGGCUGAGGAAGAUGGUGCAGGGGGCGCUCAGCCCGGAGUCGAUCCGCGGCGGCGUUGCAGACAUUGAGGCAAUUGCAGUCUCCGCAUUGGACUCAUGGGCCGCCGCCGGCCAUGCCGUCAACACUUUCCAGGAGAUGAAGAAGUUCUCGUUCGAGGUGGGGAUUCUUGCAAUCUUUGGACACCUUGAGGAUCACCAAAAAGAAGAGCUUAAGAAGAAUUACGCCAUUGUUAACAAAGGGUACAAUUCUUUCCCAACCAAUUUACCAACAAGUCUCUACAGGAAGGCUCUAGAGGCGAGGAAGAGACUGAGCAACAUAAUUAGCGAAAUCAUUAAUGAGAGGAAGGAGAAGAAGGUAGUGGAGGAGAAGGGGCUUUUGAGCUGUUUCAUGGGUUCCACCGACGAGAAAGGGGAAACUCUGAACGACGACCAAAUCGCCGACAACAUCAUCGGAGUUCUGUUCGCGGCGCAGGACACGACCGCCAGUGUCCUCACGUGGAUUCUCAAGUACCUUCACGACAAUCCGAAGCUUCUUGAGGCCGUUAAGGCUGAACAGAAAGCAAUCCGCCUGGCAAAAACAGUAGAGAAUAGCCCUUUGACGUGGACUGACACAAGACAAAUGCCGACUACUUACAAGGUUGUUUUGGAGACGUUGAGGAUGUCUAGCAUCAUAUCUUUCACAUUCAGAGAGGCAGUUGCUGAUGUAGAAUACCAAGGGUACCUAAUUCCAAAAGGUUGGAAGGUAUUGCCUUUGUUCAGGAACAUUCAUCAUAACCCAGACUUCUUUACUGAUCCACAGAAGUUUGAGCCUUCAAGAUUUGAGAAUGCUCCAAAACCCAAUACAUUUAUGCCAUUUGGCAGCGGGGUACAUGCGUGUCCGGGCAACGAGCUUGCUAAGCUGGAGAUGUUAGUGAUGACACAUCACCUCGUAACCAAGUUCAGGUGGGAAGUGGUGGGAUCUCAAAAGGGGAUUCAGUAUGCCCCAUUCCCAGUCCCUCAAAAUGGCCUCCCAGCCAGAUUUUGGAAAGAAUCUUCAAUCUAAAAGGAACCAUCAUCAUCAUCAAGAAACAGAAGCAGAAGCAUGGGUGUUUCUGAUAGAUUUGCUAAAUAUUCUUUCACCCUAGCUUCAAAGAUUGUAUUUUUAGGGUUUGGGCACAUGAAAUAAGUUAUGUCCCAAUAACCCAAAAUCUCUCUACAUCAUAAUAUAUUCAAUUUUCUGGCAUUUACUU